CUUCUCCUGUUCCUCUACAUGCUUCCACUUUCUGUUCUCUGCAGCCUUCAUCAUUCGUUCGGCAGCGGGCUUCAAACCUUGCUACACAGUUGGAGUUAUUGAGAUGUGAUGAAUCCCUUACUAAGCUCAUGAGAGUCGUCCUGAGUGUCCCAUUCGCUUGAAUUGUCCGAUGCUUCGGCAUCCUCUACUUGACCCGUUGUCAAUGGAUUGAUGAGUGGGAAGCAGGCACGGCGUCCUCCUGUGGCGCCAAAGCCCUCCUUUAUCCAGCAACAUAAUGCCACAGCCAAACUCUCCCCUCUGCCCUCACCCGCCCUCCAGGGUGCCACUUUAGCAUUUGGACCGUCCGCGGCAAAACCACCCAAUAUCUCCGUCUCCGCAUCACAUAAUCCAUCUGCAGGAGCCCUGCUUGCGGCAACCACUGCCUCUAUCAGGAAGCAGCAACAACAUCAGAAUGAGGUCCCCUCACAAGACUCCGCCGUCAAUCCUCGGGGUCGAGCCUUGACAACAGAAAAGCUGCCGGUCGCAGUUUCCGACUACUCCUCAUUGUCUCCUCCCAAGCCGGGGCUUCGGCCUCAUCCUCCUCGAUCUACGUCUGCCGUUGCUGCCGUCGCUGCUUCUGCAAAGACAAGCCCUGUCCGCAGGCCGGAUUUGAAAAGAGACCAGGUUAGCUCGUAUCUGGCGAGACGGGAUCCAUCCCAGGUUCGAAGUCGGGGCAUGAGUACAAGUAGCAGCAGCGAGACUGUCCAGUCACUCCAACAGAGCGCGGCUGCCCUCGCUGGCGCAAAGGCCUCGAUGACAACAGCUCCGGUCCAGGUGCAGACUGCGACGGGGGAGAAGCAUAGAAGCGACAUAGGCUACCUCUUGAAUCUGCCCCUCUACUCUGCUCAGACCUCAUCGGCGCCGAGUCCGUCUCUCUCCGGGGCUACGGCCGCUGCCACAGCUUCUAGGAACGCUGCUAGUCUAGAGGCCAGACGAAGAGCUCUCUCAACCUCUGAAGAGAGCAGUCCCAGCGCACCCGUGCUCCGGAAUCUUACCGUGUCCCCUCAAUCAACCACUGGCUUAGGAUGGCCGCGCCUCAGAGUGACUCCUCCACAGACCGACUCCGAGAGCGACACCGGAUGGCCGAAGGUCGAAUACACCCCCAAACAUCUGCCGGCUCCUGUCCCACUACGUGCCAACCGUGCAGCAAUCGUCGCACAAGAACAAGCUUCGACCCAGGAUUCGCGAACAGGAAUGACUGCAAGUUCUCUGGCGGACGCUAUGGUUGCGGGCUCCAUCGCAGCAACUCACACCGGCUCUCGCGGAGCCUCUCCUGCUUCAAAGAAGGUUCCGCCACCAAUACCUCGUCGCCGCUCGAAGUCGGUGGGCGCCUUUGGAAGCGCCCGACAGUUAAUGCACCUUCCUGCGAUAAGGAGUGAAACAAUCUCGCAAACACCAAAGUUAAAACCGCUCCCCAUGCGACCUAUGAGACAGACAUUGCGGAACAACUCGCCCGAUCGUGACGAACAAACCGAAGAAAAGCGUGGGCGUAGACAUUGGAGACGACAUCCUAACAUGCACCAUGAAGGGGAUCGCAAGCGGUGGAGAGACAAGGUUACGGAGCGGGAGAGGAAGCGGUACGAAGGGGUGUGGGCCGCAAACAGAGGAUUACUUCUCGAUUACGACCUAGACAACCCCGACUUGGAGUCGAGUAAGGAUGGGACUCCGGCAAGUGACUUGGUUGUCAACGUUGUGGUUCGAGAUAUCUGGGAGCGAAGCCGUUUGCCUAAAGAUGUGCUGGAAGAGAUCUGGGACCUGGUUGCGCAGCCCGGCGCGAAGACGCUCAAUCGGGAAGAAUUUGUGGUGGGACUCUGGCUGAUUGAUCAGAGGUUGAAAGGGAGGAAGCUGCCUGUCAAAGUCUCGCCGAGCGUUUGGUCGAGUGUCCGGCAUCCACAAGGGGUCAAGAUCUCUAGUAAGGCGCUGCACAAAUAAAGAGUUUAUGAAUAGACUUGUUCACACGUCCAGACAUGACUGAUCAAGGGAUCUCGAUUGAUUGGUAGAGGGCAUUGUGGACAUGGUGGAUAUGACUUGGCCCCUGAGUUUUGGCAGCCUUGACGGUUGUUGUAGUGGGUCAGGACAGCAGCAGCAAAGGUUUAGAACGGACUGGCAAUAUUCUACGGUACGAGGUUCAUCGGUGAUGGCAUCGCAUGACAGCUGUAGUGCAUAGUUUGUCCUAGUAGAAGCUCUCUGCUUGACCGCUCUGUUGGUCGUGCUCUUUGUAUGUAAUGAUA